AUGACUCAACAAACACACGAUCACCCUCUUCAAACCCCCGAGAUGAUCAAUGAGGUUACCAAAGCCAUCGACGACGCCAGCGAGGAGCUGCGUGCAUUGAACCUCGAGAUCUUCAACAACCCAGAAGCCUGCAAAUUACUCUCCGAAUGGCUCGAGAACCGCAGAUGGAGCGUCCACUGUGGCGUCUACGGAAUCAAAACCACCUUUAAAGCCCGUUUCUCUGUCAAAGAAGGUGGUCGUACCGUUUACUUCAACGCCAAGUACGACACCCUCUCCACAAUCAGCCACACCUGCAGCCACAACCUAAUUACCACAUCUGCUCUCUUCUCCGCCAUCAGCCUCAAAUCCAUCCUCAAAGCCUACUCCAUCCCCGGCAUACUUGGAUUCGAUUCCUGCGUUAUAAUACACAGAAUGCUGGAUUUUAGUAUACCAGUGUGCUACAUUAAGGCAUCAUUGAAGUUACAUGCUAAGUUCAGGGGGAUUAUCUUGUUAAGACAAUAUAUUCAAAAGAGUGAGAGUAUCCAGAGAUGUAUAUUAAAGGUGGGAAAGAUAGCCAAUAUAAUUCCGGAUUAUGCGGAGGGGCUGUUUAGUGUUAGGGCAAUAACAGUGAAGGGCGUGGAGAAGUUGAGGGAGAGGAUGGAGAGGGUGUUUCAGGGGGUGGCAGAGGCGACUGGGUGUAAGGUUGAGUUGGAGUGGUUCGCCCUUUAUGAGGACGUCGUGACAAAUGAUACUCUCGCGGAGCAGUACAGGCAAUAUAUGUUGCAGUAUCUGGGAUUGCAGCCGGAGCAGAUGGUACUGAUGAAAGAGGCUAGAAUGGUCCAUGACUCACUGGGAAGCUCUGAUUUCGGGAGCUGCUCAUAUAUCUGCCCUGGUAUUCAAGCAAUGUUCAAUAUCAAGGCAUCAGAUCUUCCACAUUUGAUUGGAUUCCGCGAGGCAGCACAAGGCGAUAUUGCACAUGAGAAGGCACUUCGGGCUGGCAAAGCUAAUACUCUGAUAUUUCUGGAUAUGUUGACAAAUGAUGCUUUUACUACGAGGAUGAAGGACGAGUUUAGGGCAGCGAUGAAGGAAGCUGGGCGUCUAUCUGAGUAA